AUGGCCUUAUCAACCGACUUAAGCAUGAGCCAUCACCAAUCAUACGAAGUACUGAUUUACCAGACACUCGAAGAGGUGCAAGGUAAGUUAGAUGAACUCUAUCUUGAAGAAAAGGUGGUCGCAUAUGCUGUCCAAAAGAAAGGUGCUCUGCUGCUAGCGAAGCGAAAGCAUCUAAUCAACAUAUCCAAAUGCAUGAGCACCCGCCCCAAGCUAUCAGUCGCUGAUUAUUUUGCGGCCCAAAAAGAGAGCAUCGCUCAAAUGGUGAGGUGUAACGAGCUUGAGGAUGCCGAGGUCGAACUAACAAAUCUAGAACUGGAUCAACAGGCAAUUGCAAUUGCGAUUGAGGAGCACCAAGCAACCCAAGCGGCACUGCAGGUGGAGCUGCAGAUGCUCCAAAUGGCCAUCGGUCAACAAGGAAAAGGUCCACAGAGACAAGAAAGCUACAAAGAAGAAUUUGACAAGGCCCGAGGAUUCGAUGUUGAGGACGAUGCUGUGUUCUGCCCGCAGCUUGAUGACGAAAUUGCCUUCUGA